AUGAGCGCCCAGGCCGAGAUCGACCGCCUCGAGGCAGAGCUGGCUCGGCUCCGAGCGAGUCUCGUUCCUCCGUCGUCGCCACCCUCCCCGCCUCCGAGCUCUGCGGCCGGCUCGACCUCUGGCGUCGUGUGGUGGCACGUCGCGCUGCCUGUACUCUCCGUGGCGGCGCUGGCGGCGGUCCUCUUUGUGCUACAUUGGCUUCCGCGCUGGCUGCGGCAGAUCACCGACGGCCUCGAGGAGGCCUCCUCGUCCGUCUUUGCGAGAGAGAGGGCGGGCGUGGCGGGCUCCGCGGGCGACGUGGCGGCGCUGCUGCAGCGGGGCGCCUCGCCGCACUCUGCGCUGCUCGGGAGCGGGCCGGUGCUCUCGCUCGCCGCCCGCGGCUGCAGCGCCGAGGUGAGCAGGCUGCUGCUGAGCGCCGGCGCCGACCCCGACGGCAAGGACUCGCGCGGCUGGACGCCUCUCAUGGACGCGAUCGACGCGCACUCUGCCGCGGCGCCGCGCGAGCAGGCGGCCGACGCCGCCAAGGCGGAGGGCAGGGGGGAGGGUAAGGCGGAGGGAGCGGGCGCGACCGACCUGCGCGUGUGA